GAGACAAAAAAUGUCCUAAAAUUUUCAUACAUUUUUUGCUUUCCUCUGAGUUACACUCAAACAAGUUCUAUGAAAAAUUGUGUCUCUGUACGAUCUAGCUAUCGUACAGCGUAGGUAUAGCAUAUACUGUAGCAAUGUCUUUACGCAAAUAUGCGCACUCGCGCGACCUAGAUUAUUUAUUCAACACGUGUAAUUGCAUUAAGUACCAAAAUCAGUGCAUUAAAGACUAUGGUUAACAACAAACGUAUGUGAGUUAUUUAUGGGUUCCUGGGAUUCUGACAGUACCGUCAACUGGCGCGUACAUGUUGGUCCUUCGAGCUUAGUGAUGGUGUUCAGAGAAAGUUAGUGUGGUUACCGUUUCAACUCGGUUGGCCUCCCACAAGCGGGUCUCACCAACUUAGUUGAGAGGACGUGGUGUCGCACAAUGGAUUUCAAGAAUACCUACUAAGGAACCGUGACAAGCUAUUGAAUUUGACAUUUUGCAUUGGGCAUUUUAUUGCUAUUGACACUUGCAUUAUUGACAUUGACAUUUAUAGUACUAUUUAAGGUACUUUAUGACAUUGGGCAUUUUAUUGCUAUUGACACUUGCAUUAUUGACAUUGACAUUUAUAGUACUAUUUAAGGUACUUUAUGACAUUGGGCAUUUUAUUGCUAUUGACACUUGCAUUAUUGACAUUGACAUUUAUAGUACUAUUUAAGGUACUUUAUGACAUUUUGACAUUUGACAAAUCAUACCUGCUUGAAGAGCCAUGGAUGAUUACGAUCGUAUAUUGCAACGUCAGAGGGAGAUCAUCGAUGCUAUUCAGCGAGUGGAAACGAACUUCAAGAAAGACUCUGACUUCAGGAAAACCGAAGAAUACUUACGGACGAGAAUUGGCGCCGUAGACACGUUAUGGGAAGAAUUUGAAAAGAAUAACGUGAAGCUCCGUGACGCACCUGACCAAACUGGGGAGUAUUUUGUGGAUAAAGUGUACCAGCAAAUGCAGGUUCGUACUGACAACAUUCGUACGAUGCUUUCAAAUUACCGUUUUGGGGAGCCAUCGACUCCUAAGGCCACAGAUACUCAACAGCAGCAGCAAACUAGCAAACUUAACGAGCUUUUUAGUGAGCAGAAAACUAACUUCAGAGCUUUUCAAAGGAUUUUGAACUAUAUUGACAUUGACAAGAUAUCGGAGAAAUGGGAAAUGGAGGAUGAACUUCGUAACCUUCAGACUCGAUGGGACACUAUUGACACUUUGCAUCUGAAAAUUGACAACUUGCUCCAGGGAUCGGAUAAGGAUUACGAAGAAAGAUACUCUGUGUAUGAAAAUAAGUAUCGACUGACAAAGAGGGCGCUAAACCAGAGACGAAAAGUUAGCUUUAGGGACUUAAAUGAAGAAACAUAAUCAUUUACCUACCUUAUUUUACAGUGUUCACUACUAUUUUUAUAGUAUUUCUUUGUUAAAUUGACAUAUGGUUUUUACUCAUUUAUUUAACGUUUAUAAUUUUGCAUACUCUUAGGUUGCUUCUCGUUGUUUUGCUUUAUAAGUGGCAGUAUGUACGAUCUAGCUAUCGUACAGCGUAGGUAUAGCAUAUACUGUAGCAAUGUCUUUACGCAAAUAUGCGCACUCGCGCGACCUAGAUUAUUUAUUCAACACGUGUAAUUGCAUUAAGUACCAAAAUCAGUGCAUUAAAGACUAUGGUUAACAACAAACGUAUGUGAGUUAUUUAUGGAUUCCUGGGAUUCUGACAGUACCGUCAACUGGCGCGUACAGUCUCAGUGGAAAUAAAAAUGUAAGACAUAUUUUUUCUCCUGCGGAAUCGAAAGAGCUCAUUAUUCUGAGCAGAAAGAGUGUGAAAAUACCCACAUUUGGAAAAAAAGUAAAACAGAGAACAAAAUAAAAAUCCGCCGAGCAAUGUAUUCAUCAGCUGUCACCGUAACUUGUAGUCCUUUUCACAUACAAGGUAUGACACAAGUUUUAAUCUAUGUACCUAAAUAAAUGAAUAUUUGUUUAAAAAGAGAA